UCGGAAACUCGCACAGCCAAGAGAUCCAGACGAAGUGGGAAUCCAUUAUUAAUGACGUGUUAAAACAUGUGAAGCCUUUACCCCGUCCAGCGUGUUCUGUGAUCCACCGUCGGGUGUGGGGAAAGUCUCGGCUUAUCACGUCGUGUGCAGAUCGUCGACCCUUCCCGGAAUCAUCCUUCGUCCCCGGCGAUACCCCCUCCCCAAAUUGGCCUAUAUAAGGGCCCUCAAUUCCGGGGGAGAAUCCUCUUCUCGUCUUUCUUCACCAUCUCAAUCUCUCUUCUUCUUCUUCGUGGAAAACUCUCCUCUACAAAAGUCCUCCGACUAAAAGUCUCAAAAGUCUUCCCCACAACUCCAUCCAACUAGUACUUCUACCCCUCCAACCUCAACUCCACCCACUCUCAACUCUCACAACAACCUUCCUCAACCAAAAACAAUCAUCAAAAUGUACUCCUGCACUCCCACCAGCAAGUUCCUCGUCCUCGCCCCCAUCGAGGCCGGUCCCUCCUCCAUCACCCCCGCCAACCAGUCCCCUGCCGCAGUCCGCGAGCGCUCCAGCAGCCAGUCCUCGACAGCCUCGGUGGGCUCGCAAGUCGGCGAAGCUGUCUCCUCGCUGCCGCAGGCCUUCCUCUACCUGGGCAUGGACCAGCGGAAGUAAAUCACUUAAUGUGCAGUCGGUUGUCUGCCCUGCCACGGCGUCAUGCAUGCAUGUCCCCGUCUUCGCACCGCUCGCGCUGGCCACGACUAGUCUCCUCUGCUCUACCUGUCUCACUGCUGGGUAUCUACCCAUUCACCAAGACAUAGGAUUGUUGGUUUAUCCUAGCCAAUGAUGAACUGGGCUCCGUAAGAAUCAGCGGUGGAGGAGUGAGGAGG